UCUGCCCGGGUGUGUAAUAUACAAACACCUCCUAACUCAGUCCCUCUUUCCCGCCGUUCUCAACACCGACAAGCAACAUGGGCGGUUCCGAGCACACUCUCGGUUGUGUCGCGGCCACCUUCGGCAUCGCGGCGAGCGCCUCGUUGUUCACGGCAUCUACCUUUGUCGACCGCAUGGAUGAGGCUGCAGUGGCGAACAACAUGAAGAAGGUCAUGCAGGGCACCUUCCCCAUGCACAUGACCUACAUUGUCGGCGGCACCGCUGCGGCGCUGGCGCAGGCCGUCAAGUCGGACCACAACCGCGGCCUGUGGCUGGCCUCCGCCGCGCUGCUCGGCUCCGCGCUGCCCUACACCUACUUCCUGGUCAAGGACGACACGCGCGCCAUCAUCAAGGCCGGCGUGGACAAGGCCGCGCCGCCCGCCGGCGCCGUCAAGCGCGUCGCCCAGUCCGGCUACAUCCGCGUCGCGCUGAUGGCGACCGGCACCCUGGUCAUGGUGCUCGCCCUUGCGAAGAAGAAGUAAAGCUGCGGACACUGCGGGAAGUGGAGGUGGAGGUGCAGCAGGUGGAGAUGGCGGCGAGGGCGCGGGGCAGGCGGCGGCGUCGGAGGCGGGCGCAAGCAGCAGCAGUGAGGACGGCGUGCGUGCGGCCGGCAGUGGUGGGCAGGAGGGAUUGCGAUGGUGGGCAGGAGGUGGGCGAUGGUGGGCAGGAGGUGGGCGAUGGUGGGCAGGAGGGAUUGCGAUGGUGGGCAGGAGGGAUUGCGAGGGCGAGGGCGUGCGCGCGCAUGCGGGUGGCUGGCAUGCGGGCGGGGCCGGGCUGUGUUGGACUUCAGCUGCGCAGGCUGGUUGGUGGCAUGACGUAUGCAUGUCGUUACGGGAAGGGUUCGUUACUGUAUUUCGUUGUUGUACAUGGACAUACCUUUGGCACUUGAUACCUGUGUGCUUAGCACUUCCCCCGUUCGUAUAUUAUGUAGCUGACUGCUCUUGUUUUGUAUGGAAUGUAGCGUGCUGCGAUUGCCGGGGUGCGGCACAGCGCUGUGGAGUGCGGACCGCUCUGUCUGGGUGCCAGCAGCCCUGGCAGAAGCAUGCAACUCCCUCCCGCCGUGUGUGUGUGUGUGUGUGUGUGUGUGUGUGUGUGUGUGUGUGUGUGUGUGUGUGUGUGUGUUAUCGGCAGGGCUCAGAGCGAGCUCCAGAGGGCACUGCCCCCGCCCUGCUGUGUGCAUGCAUGCAUGCAUGCCGCUGCACCCGGGGCGGGGGCGACUGUAAGCCCUUGGACAC